AUGUCCGCCACCAAGGACGCCAUUGCCAGGUGCAACUCCCGCUACUGCGAGCAGUUGCAGGCCAGACCGCUCACGACGAAGGCCGUGACGUUGGCGUUUUUUGCGCUGCUGAACGAGCAGCUUGCAUCGUUCUUUGCCGGCGACAUCAAGCAGCUCAGGCUGCAGAUCCCCGGCAGCAAGCGACAGCUCGCCGUGCCCCACACGGUGACGUCCCGGGUCCCCCUCAUGGGGCUCUUUGCCCUGCUCGUGAACGCUCCGCUCACCCACUACGGCUACCGCAUCAUCCAGAAGCUCGUGCCCUCCCCGCUGACCCCUCGCAAGCGGCUACUGCAGAUCCUGCUCUCCACAGGCAUCAUCACACCCGUGUUCUGCGCCUGCUUCGUCUCGUGGGUGGGCCUCAUCAACAACCUGGCGAAAAUCAGAGACCGGUUCCAAAACGACAAGACCGCGUGCCUUCUCGCCAGAGUGCACCACACCCUCGGCUUUGUCUCCACCAUCAUCGCCUCCUCCUUGAAGGCGAGCUUCGUCAAGGUUGCGUCCACGUCCGUCGUGACCAGCCCCGUCUUCAUGGUCUUGGCGCAGAAGUUCGUCAUCCCCGAGGGGUGGGCCGUCUUCUUCGCUUUCUGCUACUUCAUCGUCGGCACCUACAACAACACAAGGGUGAAGCUUGAGCAGAAGAGACAGCAAAAGAAAGACCAGCACACAGAGCCCUCCGAAAAGAAAGAGUCCUAA